AUGCCAACAGGAGGAAGUCCGCGUGGAUGUCUUGGGACUGGCGCAUCGGCCCGUCCGCCUUGGCGCAGGGGCGGCGCCAGAGGCGCCGCCAGGAGAGGUCCAGCGCCGAUCCAACGACAUCCGCGCGGAUCUCCAGCGGUUUAUGUAUGUGCUGUCUUUUGUUCAUCUGGCCUCGGCCCCGUGAAGUUCUGGGCCAUCAAGAAUUCCUGGGGGCCCCACUGGGGCGAGCACGGGAACGUGCGACUCCACCGCAGGGACAACGAGGAGAGCCACUGCGGAUGGGACGAGAAGCCGCAGGACGGCAGCGGCUGUGACGGGGGACCCAAGCAGGUGUGGGUGUGCGGCGUCUGCGGGAUCCUCUACGACGCCGUGGCGCCCCACUUCUGA